AUGGCUAAGAUAUCCAGGAAACUACCAAAGCCUAACACAGAUACAGACCAAGCAACCUCAAGUUCCAAACAAGAGAAGACUGAGUCUCCCUCCUCUGAACCCAGGUCCAGAGAUGGUGCCAAGGCACUGAAGAAAACCAUGAAGGUAAAAAAAAUCCUUCAAAGGAGAUUGAGUAAAAGAGCCGCUGAAAAAGCUGUCAACCCUGUAAGAAAGCCUAAGAAAGCUAGAGGACCAACACUCUUCGGCCAUUACCGCAGGCUGAAUGAGACACUGAAUCAAAAUCAAAAUCAAAAUGAGCCAGAGCAGAACCAAGAGGCCUUGCAGGAGCCUGCCGCUCUGAGUGACGACGCUGACAGCCAGGAAACUUCAGAGUGA